UCUUCUCGAGCCAUUAUUUUGUCCUCAAGCGACUGAACGGGCAGGACGCGUCGUGAAAUGAAUUAAAAAUAUCAAACUCAGAAGGGAUAUUAUUCUCUUUGUCCACUACCGCGGACACAAAUGGAGUGUAUCGGUCAGUAACUCGGUAGUAGCAGGGCUGUUGGCUCCUCCGCUGGACUUGGAGGCCGAAGACGGAGUGACAGCCCCGUUAAAAGAAGCAGCAGCCUGGGUGUUUAUCUUGUUGGCUAGCCACCUAGCUAGCUAGCUUCAUAAACAGCGACGAGGGCAGGAAGAAUACUUAGCGGACAUAUCGCUAACCUCUGAAGGAGACAACAGUGUCCUUCCUUGAAGCAUUCUAAGCGAAAGAAGACAUGGCACACCUACGGGACAUGCAGAACCAGAAUACCCGGCUGGAUCCCGAAGAGUACUUCACCAAGCAAGAGCGCAUUGGGAAGGGAUCCUUCGGAGAGGUCUACAAAGGUAUCAACAACCGCACAAAAGAGGUGGUGGCUAUUAAAAUCAUUGACCUGGAGGAGGCGGAGGAUGAGAUCGAAGACAUUCAGCAGGAGAUCACAGUGCUGAGUCAGUGUGACAGUCCGUUUGUGACCAAAUAUUACGGCUCAUACCUGAAGGGGACCAAACUUUGGAUUAUCAUGGAAUAUUUAGGUGGAGGAUCUGCUUUGGAUCUGCUGCGUCCAGGGCCUCUUGAAGAGACGUACAUUGCCACCAUAUUGCGGGAGAUCCUUAAGGGCUUGGAGUAUUUGCACUCUGAAAGGAAGAUUCACAGAGAUAUUAAAGCUGCCAACGUGCUCUUGUCAGAGCAGGGCGAUGUGAAGCUGGCAGAUUUUGGGGUGGCUGGACAGUUGACAGACACUCAGAUUAAGAGGAACACAUUUGUGGGCACGCCCUUUUGGAUGGCGCCGGAAGUCAUCAAACAGUCGGCCUACGACUUCAAGGCUGAUAUUUGGUCGCUCGGCAUCACAGCCAUUGAGCUGGCGAAAGGCGAACCUCCCAACUCUGACUUACACCCCAUGAGGGUCCUCUUCCUUAUCCCCAAAAACACUCCACCCACGUUGGACGGACCUUACAGCAAGCCUUUCAAAGAGUUUGUGGAGGCAUGUCUGAAUAAAGACCCCCGUUUUAGGCCAACAGCCAAAGAGCUGCUCAAGCACAAGUUCAUCACGCGUUACACCAAGAAGACGGCCUAUCUGACAGAGCUCAUCGACCGGUACCGCCGCUGGAAGUCUGAGGGUCACGGGGAAGAGUCCAGUUCUGAUGACUCUGAUAUGGAUGGCGAUGGUGAUGUGGAUUCAUGCCCCAUGUGGACAUUCCCCACCGUCAGACCAAGCUCCAUGAAUAAGUUACAGAAGGGCUACACACACACCGACUCAGAGUCGGGGGAUUCAGUGAAAAGGCAACCCAAGUCACAGUGCCUGUCCUCCUUGGUCACACCCAUCUUCAGAGAAUUGAAGGAGAAGCGGCGAGCGAGCGGCGGCGGAGUUGGGGCCAUUGAGGAACUCGAGAACGCCUUCAACCUCGCAGAAGAAUCCUGUCCCGGCAUCUCUGACCGCCUUGUCACACACAUGAUGGAGAGAGUGUGCAGGUUUUCUUUAAACGGUAACACCACGCCAUCUUCGCGAUGAAACCCCACCCCCUUUUGUCUUCUAAACCUGUCCAAGAAGUCAGACAAGGACCUCAGCACCCCCAGGACUCCCUUCUGCUUUUAAAACCUCCCCCAGAUCUUUUAUGUAGUUAAAUAUUUUUACAGUUUUUUCUUUCAGAGCGGAGAGUAUUUAAGACAAAAAAGCCAUGAAAGUUAGCACGUUGUGUAUACCUGUUAGCCUGAAAAGGGUAUAAUAAAUUUAAUGGGAAAAAGUCUUAUGUCUUUUUUAAUUACACAAGCUGCAUUUUAGUAGUUAUCCACAAAGGUAAAAUUGGGACACUUUUGUCAGCAGGCGUGACUAGUGACCUGUUGAUUGAGAGCUGGUAGACACUGACAUUGUUAUAAGCAGACAUGAACUUAUUUGACCGUUGAGUUUGUGAUAAAGUAAUAAGGCUUUUGUUGUAAGGUGUUUUACAUUUUAGAGUCCUGGACGAAGGGUAAAGACAUGCAUAGCCCAGUUCAUAUUGGCAAAUAACCUUUAUUACAACAUUUUGCAUCAAGAACUAUAUUUGGUACUUUAAUAUUGGAUUACAAAGCGCUCAAAGAGGAAUGUCAGGAGCUCACAUUUUGGCUGGUGAGGGAAUUAAUUGUCAUGAAUACGUUCAUUGGUGCCUUGAAUUAGACACAAUAGUACAAGUGAAAACACUUGACAUGAGGGACAGAAGAGAGUAAAGACCUUCACAUGAAACAAGUAUGCAGUGGUCAACCGCAUCUCAACUGACUUUCCUUCAUUUGUACAUAAUAGUUUUGAGUAAUGUCCAACUUCACAGGUAAGAGGGAUGCACAACGGGAAGGCCCCAACACAACAAACACCCUUCACUGGAACUCAAGAUUUGUCUCUAGAGUUGCAUGCAUGUGGGUAACGACAUCAGUAACAUCACGGCACACUGGCGUGGCCUCUUCUAGACCGAGGGUGGGGAUACUCUCACAUAGAAAGUCCAUUUAGACAAAGUUGUUUCUUUGACUCUCACAGUGAAGCUCUGUCAUGGAGCAAGUAUGUGCUUGUGGAUGGCAACAAGAAUGAUCAUGUCAUGUUUGUUUUUGUAUUAAAAGUAAUAUUCAUA